UCGGAUUUUAUCGAUGUUAACUAACCCUUGUAGCAUCAGUUUGAAUCUAAUCACAUUAAAUUACCUAUUGCGAGGGGGUUUUCUAAGAUAUUACAACAUUUGGUGUAUAUUUUUACAAAGUUGGCCAAAAUACCUCUGUUACCCUAUUGUUCCAGUUCAUGAAUUUGAGUAAUCGUAACUCAAACCAUAAGUUAUGUUCAGAGAGCGUGUGCAGUGCAAUACCGAUUUUUAUUAAAAUAUUUGGCAACUCUGGUCAUAACGUAUAAGUAACGUGUAAACAUAUUUAAUGUUUUCAAAAAGUGACAUUUUUAUGUAGAGCUAACAACAUCGUUGUUGUGAGAAUUGUUUUCCACGUGCGACUCAGUGAGUGUAUGAAUUGUUUUUCUUAGUUAGUACGAGUAAUUCGUGACUCAAUUACGGCUAACCAUACACAAUAAAUGGCGGAUACCGAUAAUUAUAAUGAAAAACAGAAAUCCCACAAAAAGCGUCAGUCAGGCGUUAAAGCGGACAAGAAAAAAGCCAAAAAUAAACCUACUGAUAAGGGCAAAAAUGUGAAAGCCUUCGCGAUCACAAAGGCAAGAAGUGCAGAAAAAAGGUUUCGUCGAAAAGAAGACAUACUAACCAAAAAACAACAUAUACCACUCGUUGAUAAAACACCAGAGGAACCCCCACCGGUACUUAUAGCCGUUGUUGGGCCACCAAAAGUGGGUAAAUCAACUUUGAUUAAUAAUUUGAUCAAAAUAUUCACACGAACCAAUGUGACCAGCGUCGACGGGCCCAUUACGGUUAUCACCUCUAAAAAACGAAGAAUCACACUGAUCGAGUGUAAUAACGACAUCAAUAGCAUGAUCGAUAUAGCAAAGUGUGCUGAUUUGGUAUUGCUAAUGGUAGAUGCCAGUUUUGGAUUCGAGAUGGAGAUUUUCGAAUUUUUAAACAUCUGCCAGGUUCACGGGAUGCCAAAAAUCAUGGGAAUUUUAACCCACUUGGACACGAUUAAAACUGCUAAAGCCGUCAAAAUGCAGAAAAAAACACUGAAACAUCGUUUCUGGACAGAAGUGUAUGAUGGAGCAAAACUAUUCUAUCUCUCUGGUUUGAUCCACGGGGAGUAUCUACGAAAUGAAAUAAAAAAUUUAGGCCGAUUUAUUUCGGUUAUGAAAUUUCGGCCCCUUACGUGGCGAGGAGCACACAGCUAUAUUUUGGCUGAUAGAAUGGAAGACAUCACAAGCUCGGAAGAGAUUCGACUCAACCCGAAGUGCGAUCGAGACGUAGUGCUGUACGGUUAUGUUCGAGGGGUUCCCCUGAAAAAAGAAAAUAUGGUUCAUAUUGCUGGGUUGGGCGAUAUGAAAAUAGAUGAACUUAGUGCAUUACCAGAUCCGUGUCCUUUUCCAUCGAAAGAGAAAAAGCGAAACUUGCUGGAGAAGGAACGAUUGCUUUAUGCUCCCAUGUCCGGCGUUGGAGGAAUUGUUUACGACAAAGAUGCUGUUUAUAUAGAGCUACAAGGGUCUCAUAGUCAUCAAAGUGGAAAGCAGAAUAGUGAGCAGCAGGCACUUGUUCAGUCUGUGAUAGAGAAAAAAGAAACUUUAGAUGUUCAAAUUGAAAAUCAAGAAUUCAAACUGUUUAGUGAUGGAAACGUCAUAAAGUCUAGCGAAUUUCAACUGAAUGACAAUGAAGGAAACAGUAACGAAGAUGAAGAAGAAGAUUCAGGAGUAGAAGAAUCUGAAGAUGAGGACAACAUACAAUCUGGUUGGAACCCAGAUCUAGAUCAAGAAGAAGAACAAACAAUUAAUGACAGUGAUGAUGAAAAUGAUGAUGAUGACGUGAAUGAUGGAAAAGAGCUAUCGCAUGCCAAAAAGUCCAGUGGUUUUCUUUCUUCUGACGAAGAAGAUGAUGAAAAUGCAGUGACUGACAGUUCAAUGGCUUGGAAAGAAGGGCUUGCAUCUAAAGCUCGGAAUGAUUAUUUGGAACGUCAAUCAAACAGUAAAAAUUUGAUGAAAAUUGUAUAUGGUGUUUUCAGCAAAUUUCGGAAAAACCGAGAAAAGGAGCAAGAAGAAACACUGAAUCAAAUGAACGAUGAAGAUGAUGAUUUACUGGGAGGGCUUUUCAAAAGUGUAGCUCAGAGUCAGGCCGAAAUUCAAAGAAAGAAAACAAUUCAAGAUGUCGAUGAAGGGUGUUUCUUCGAGGAAUAUGGGGAUGGGGUUAGAGAUUGGACGUUGAAGGACAACAAACGGCUCAUAAGUAAUUGCUUUGUAACAGGAAAAUGGAAAGCUUCAGAAGAUGCCGAAGAACUUUUGAAGUUAGACGAUAUGAGCGAUGGAGACAGUGAGGUUUUCGGAGAUUUUGAAGAUUUGGAAACUGGCGAGAAGCACAUUGGUUCUGUGAAUAAAUCUCCGGAAGCAAAGGAAACCGAAAUGGAAGAUAAGGAACAUACUUUGAAAAGAAAGUUGUCUAGAAUCGAGGAAAAAAAUAUGUCGAGAGCAGAGCUGAUGGCCAAAAAAAUUAAACUCAAAGCAAAAUUCGAUGCUGAAUACGAUAAUCCGGAAAAGGAUGAUCAACAUAUCGAAGGAGAUCAUCACUACUACGAAAAAUUGAAAGCUGAGGCCCUGAAACAGUCAGAACUGAAUAAAAAAGAAUUUUCAAAUUUAGAUGACGAUUUCCGAUUGAACAUUGAAGGUCAUCGAGCGGGACUGUAUGUUCGAAUGAACUUCAAAGAAGUGCCUUACGAGUUUGUAGAAUACUUCGAUCCCGCAUUUCCUCUCUUGAUUGGUGGAUUGAACAUGGCGGAAGAAAACGUCGGUUACGUCAGUUGCAAGGUGAAAAAGCAUCGUUGGUACAAGAAAAUCCUGAAAACUGGCGAUCCGCUCAUUAUUUCUCUGGGAUGGCGGCGUUUUCAGACAAUCCCUAUAUUUGCUAAGGUGGAAGAUGAUCUGAAACAUCGGUACUUAAAAUACACGCCAAACCAUGUUACGUGCAGUAUGACCUUCUGGGGACCAAUCACUCCACAAAAUACCGGUAUUUUAGCUAUUCAGUCAACUGCCUACGAUCAACAAGAAACGAAACGUCUUGGUUUUCGUGUAGCAGCCACUGGUGCUGUGAAUGAAAGCGAUAAAUCUGCGCAAAUUAUGAAAAAACUUAAAUUGAUUGGAACGCCGUAUAAAAUCUAUCAAAAAACGGCAUUUAUCCAGGGUAUGUUCAAUACUACUCUGGAAGUAGCAAAAUUCGAGGGAGCAAAAAUCAAAACCGUUUCUGGCAUCCGAGGUCAAAUUAAAAAAGCUGUACCCCCAGAGGGCAGUUUUCGAGCAACUUUUGAAGAUCGAAUAGUCGUCAGUGACAUCGUGUUUUGUCGCACCUGGUUCAAAGUAAACGUUCCGACCUUCUAUGCCUCAGUAACCAACCUCCUGUUACCACCUGAGAAGAAAACCAAAUGGGUCGGAAUGAAAACGCUUGGCCAAUUGAAACGAGAAAAAAAUGUUAAAUUCGAAGCAAAGGCGGACAGUUCCUAUAGGCCGAUUGAACGACAGGAUCUACAGUUUAGACCACUUGUGAUUCCGAAGAAUCUACAAAAAGCAUUACCCUACAAGGACAAACCAAAACAUGGUCCAAUGAAGCCGAGCAAAACUUCAGAAAGUAAAAGAAUUGCAGUUGUUCAUUCACCACACGAGCAGAAGGUUGCUAAGAUGAUGAAAAUGAUAAAGACCAAUUACGAAGCAAAGGAAGAAAAAAGGAAACAUCAAUCUAAACAGAAAACGGAGAAAUACAAGAAGCAAAAAAUGAACGAAGAUUUUAGAAAACUACAGCGUCAGAAAGAACUCAAGAAAAAAGUGUUUAAGGCGAUAAGUAAAAUGGAAGCCAAGCACCAAAAUAAGGUCACCAAAGGAGAUGGUGUCAAAUGAAACUGUUUUUUUUUCUUUUUAUGAAUAAAAUUACAAUCUAAAAGCUCA